GAUAAAAACAACCCGCACUUCGUCGUCGCGUUUGGUUGGCUUUUGUUUGCAUCCAUUUGCAGCAACUUUUUUUCGGCCAAAUCGGAAUUUGUUUUCCCUUAAAUCGGUACCGUUCCGGCAGCAUUUCGGACCGAAAAGUUGACCACCCUUAGCACCGGAAGUCCAGCAACGUCAGUAAAGCGGAAACGACCGGAACCGAUCGAGCGCCAUGGGAGUACCAGCAUUUUUCCGCUGGCUGUCGCGGAAGUAUCCCUCCGUGAUAGUUGAGUGCGUGGAGGAAAAGCAUGCGGACGGGGAUGGCGCGGUACUGUACGACGACCUGACCAAACCGAACCCGAACAAGGUAGAGUUCGAUAACCUGUAUCUGGACAUGAACGGUAUCAUACACCCGUGCACCCAUCCGGAAGACAAACCGGCACCGAAAAAUGAGGACGAAAUGAUGAUCGCCAUUUUCGAGUGCAUCGAUCGGCUGAUGAACAUCGUCCGGCCCCGGAAGGUGCUGUACAUGGCCAUCGAUGGGGUGGCUCCACGAGCCAAGAUGAACCAGCAACGGUCCCGCCGUUUCCGGGCCUCGAAGGAAGCGGCCGAGAAGACUGCGGAAGUGCAGCGAAUCCGAGAGGAGCUCGCUGCCAAGGGAUGCAUAUUGCCACCGGAAAAGGAAAAGGGAGCCCAUUUCGACUCCAACUGCAUCACGCCGGGUACGCCGUUUAUGGACCGGCUGAGCAAGUGUUUGCAGUACUACAUCCACGAUCGAAUGAACACGAAUCCGGGCUGGCGAGGGCUCAAGGUAAUCCUAUCGGAUGCUAACGUACCGGGUGAAGGAGAGCACAAAAUUAUGGAUUACAUACGGAAACAACGCGCACAGCCAGAUCACGAUCCAAACACUCAUCACGUGUUAUGCGGUGCCGAUGCCGAUUUGAUUAUGUUAGGGCUGGCCACCCACGAAACGCAUUUCACCAUCAUUCGAGAAGAAUUUCUGCCCAACAAAGAACGACCCUGCGACAUUUGCCAGCAUUUAGGGCAUGAAAUGAAAGAUUGCACCGGUUUGCAAUCGGAGAGAGACAUUGACAGGUCCCCGCCUCCACCCGGAAAAGAAACGCAAUUUAUUUUCGUACGUUUGAAUGUUUUGAAGGAAUAUCUACAGAAAGAACUGGACAUGCCAAACUUGCCGUUUCCGUAUGAUUUUGAACGAGUUAUCGAUGAUUGGGUGUUUAUGUGUUUCUUUGUGGGAAAUGAUUUUUUACCACAUCUACCCAGUUUAGAAAUUCGUGAAAACGCCAUCGAUAGACUGGUAACUUUGUAUAAGAAGUGUGUCUACAAGACCAAGGGGUACCUGACGGAUUCCGGUAGUGUGACGUUGGAUCGCGUAGAACUGAUCAUGACGGAUUUGGGCUAUGCUGAAGAUGAAAUCUUUCGUAAUCGCAAGGUCACCGAAGACCGUUUCAAAGAACGCAACAAACGCAUGAAAAUGCAAAAAGAGCGGGAGCAACGUCCCAAUUUCCAACAAAUGAACAACUCCCAGUUUGCACCAACACCGCUAGGCAGGGGAAUCACACCACAGGCCAUCACCAAUCCCAGGCAAGAAGCAGCCCACUUCCGGAUGAUGAACAACAAUCAGCAGAGAAAUGCUGACAAUAAUGACCAGCAGGAUCGUAGAGGUCAGAAACGUAAAGCCGAAGAACCACUUUCUCAAGCUUCGUCCAAGAAUGAUGAAGAGGAGGAAGCCCCAGACGAGGUCCGUUUAUGGGAGGAUGGAUUCAAGGAUCGUUAUUACGAAUCCAAAUUCGAUGUUUCGCCACAAAAUAUAAAAUUUCGCCAAACCGUAGCCUGGGAGUACGUUCGGGGCCUCUGUUGGGUUUUGAAAUAUUACUACCAAGGUUGUGCUAGCUGGGAAUGGUAUUUCCCCUAUCACUACGCCCCGUUUGCAUCGGAUUUCAAGGCUCUACAGAACGUUAAGACACAUUUCGAUCGUGGAACACCGUUCAAGCCACUGCAGCAGCUGAUGGGAGUAUUUCCGGCAGCCAGCAGAAGCCACGUUCCGGCACCGUUUGCCGAGCUGAUGGUUGAUCCCAAAUCGCCCAUCAUCGAUUUCUACCCGGUGGACUUUCACAUUGAUCUCAACGGGAAGAAAUUUGCCUGGCAGGGUGUUGCACUGCUGCCGUUCGUAGACGAAAAGCGAUUAUUCAAAGCCACCGAUCCAAAGGUGCCAUUGCUGACGAAGGAAGAACGUUUGAGAAACGAAAACGGUCUAGCGCGAUUAUAUCUGUAUCCCGGCAGCGAAGCCUAUCGGAUGGUCAAGGGUCUGUACAGUGGCACGGUCGACUAUGAACGGGAGGUAUCGAUUUUGGUCGAUUGUAUGCGCGGCAGCAUCAUUCCAACCGUGGAGAACAUUCCGGAUAAUGGCGUUCUGCCGUCGCCUAUCCCUGGCGAAAGCCCGGUUGACGAAAACAAAGUGCUGACGAUGAAAUUCUUGGACCCCCAGUAUGCCGACGAUUUCAUCUUCCCGGCACGGAAGCUGGAAGGCGCUAGGGAUCAGCCCAAAGUGCUGGGAGCAAACGAGGGUCCCGUUAUUGGCUUUGGCCCCAGGACGGAUCGGGCUCGACUGGGCAAUGCCGGUCACCGGAUGAUGAACCAUUAUACUGGUGCUGGCAACAGAGGAGGAAACGGCAGUGGCAACCGUGGAGGUUUCAACAACUACUCGAGGGAUAACAACAAUUCGAACUCAUCGUUCGGCAGGAGUCACCAUGGCCCCAGCACUGGAAACUCUGGCGGGGGCUCUGGCGCCGGCAACUUGACCGUCUUCGAACGGCUGAGCAGCCGGAUCAACCAAUACCAGCAGGAGAUGAUGAACGAAAUCAAUCAAAACGCCAGCAGCAGCGGAAUCGUCCUGCCCAAUCCGUUUGCAAAUCAGUUCCGUUACGAUUACAACUCCAGUGGUAACAAUUCGAACAGUUCAAGAUCGAACAGCGGCAACGGCGGUGACUAUCAGCAGCCGGAUCGCAGUGGUGUGUUCCAGUUCAAUGCCAGAGGACGAGGUGGUGGUGGAAACAGCUACCACAACCAGGGCGGCGCUUCGGGCGGGAACAAUUAUCAACAGCGGAAUCAGCAAGGCGGUCAACGAUUCAACUUUAAUAGGGGCAAUCGAUUUGGUCAAAACAACGGCGGUGGAGGCAAUCGGUUCAAUAACAAUAGAAGAAACUACUGAAGAGGUCCCACCAAGCCAUCAAACCCACUUCGUGCAAAAUUCCCAAUCUUAAAAUUUUGUACGCAGUUUAGCUCGAGUUGAUAAACCGAAUUGUGUUUACCAUCCGCAGUUUUCACUUAACAAUCAACACAUCGACAUACUUCGAGGUAUGUAAAGUGUAACAUUUUUCCAUGAAAAUAAUUUCAUUGCAACAUAGACGAUUCAACAAAUCCGUCAAUUUUAACCAAUGAACGAUUAGAUUCAUUUUGUUCUAUCGAUAAAAGAUGUUUCUUCGCAGCGGAGGAAAUCUAAAAAAAAAGUUUGAAGAAAAUUGGUAGACUAUCGCUAACGCUAUUGUUUACCAUUGUUCUAUGGUAAAUCAUACAGAUAUUUAAAAAUAAAUUUAGCGAAAAGAGUGUACUAAAAUAAAAAGGAUUGACUUUGA